AUUUUGUAUGGAUUCUUAAAAGAAGCCCAUCUAAAUAUUUAAGAUUUUAUUUAUUGGAAAUUCUCCUUCUGGCAAAUCAUCCUUUAUAAUUCGAUAUUCUGACAAUGAAUUUAGAGAAAAUUAUAUUUAAACAAUGGGUUUAGACUUUAGGUUAAAUAUAGUUGAGUUGAAGGGUAAAUAAAUUAAAUUACAGGUACUUUUUAUAUUUAUUAAGAUGUGGGAUACAGCCGGAGAGAAAAGAAUGAGAUCUUUAACAACAACAUAUUAUAAUGGAGCCCUUGGUGUUUUUAUUUUUUAUGAUUUGACUAAUAGAUAGUCAUUUGUUGAUGUCUUGAAAUGGAUAGAAGGUUAGAUUUUCUUUUAAUUAAUGAUAGAAGUUGAGUAGCAUUCAAAUAAAAAUAUCAUAAAAAUGUUAGUUGGAAACAAGUCUGAUUUGAUUAAUAGUAGAGAAGUUUUGUUUGAAGAAGGAUAAAAGCUUGCUGAUGAAAAAGGGAUGUUUUUUAUAGGUAAUCUUAAGUAUAAUUUAAAAUAGAAACAUCAGCAUAGAAUGGAAAUAAUGUAAAAUAAGCAGUUUUAAUUUUAUCUAAUGCAAUUUUAACAAAGUAAGAAGAACUUUAAAAGUAAGAAGAACUUUAAAAGUAAGAAGAACUUUAAAAUUAAGAAGAACAAUAAUUAUGAUUAGGCAUGG